AUGCGGUCCUCCAUCAUCUCCCUCCUCCUGGCGCUCUUCAUCACCCUCGUCGCGGCGCAAACUCCCACCGCGACAGAGACCCCCGAGGCAACCACCUCCGCCGCCGCAGAACCAUCCCCAUCAAUACCAGACGCCUCAGCACCACCACCAACACCAACAUCCACCGCAACAAAAGGCACAACCGCAAACGCCGGGUCCGGGGGGAGCGGCACGACAACCGCUACCGGUAGCAGCAGCACAACAACAACGACCCCCCCAGCAGACGUCUACCUCAAAGUGCCCGAAAUCUCCGUCGGCCGCAUCGAGCUCGACGUGGACAACCUCUCGGCGGAAGUCAACCUCGCCGCCGAGGUCGCCAAGCUCGUCACCAUCAACGCGGGCGUGCAAGUCAGCAUCGAAAAGGUAAACAUCACCAUCGUCGACGUCGAAGCCGAGCUCGAGCUCGUCAUCCGCCUCGGCAACCUCGUCGACAUUGUCAACCGCACCCUCGCCUCCCUGGACCUGAACCCGCUCCUCAUCAACCUCCUCGACACCGUCGGCGACGUCGUCGAUGACGUCGUUGGCGCCGUGGACGGCCUGCUCGGCUCUAUCGUCAACGGCGACUCCAAGAUUAACUUCAUCAUUGAUAAUUUGGGGAAUAUCGUACAGGAGGUCACCAACAAGGGGACCACCGCGCUGAGCUCUAUUAUUGGGAAUUACCAGCAGAACAUGACUUUUACGGGCUCCCAGCAGGAUCUCGGCAACGGGCUGACGCAGAAGACGUACUCGUACGAGCCGCUUAGUUCGCUGGUGAAUAUCGUCUUCAACACGCUCGGGCAAGUUGUGAGGGCUACUGUAGUCAAGGGCGGGGGUUCGGGAAGCGGGAGCUCGACGGCAUCUGGGACGACAGCGGCGGCGACAACUGCUGUUACAACGGCGGCACCAGUCACGACGACGACUGCUACAAAUACCUGA